AUGUUACGAAAUGUAGGUAAGGAACAUUCGAAUUCGUUUAAUGUAGAUAAGACUAAGGAAAGAAACAACAUAUAUAACAGAAGAAUAGACAAGGAAAUAAAAAAUUUAAAAGAAUCAAAACUAAUAGAUAAUGAAAAUGUGUAUAUAACACUUAACGAAAACAAUAAUGUAGAUGAAGAUAACGACACACAUAAUUGUGAUAAUAUUAAAAAGAAUAAGUAUUUAUAUUUAUUGGAAACAUUUAAUGAAAAAUAUUUUUUAAAUAAAAAUUUUUUUUUUAAAAAUUUUAUAAAUCAUGUGAAAAUAUUGAAGAGCAACCAAACAACAUCAUUUUACACUAAUCAAAAUGAAAAUUGGCCUUCGAUUUUUGCAGAAUUAAGUAAGUAUAAUACAUAUAAGAAUAGUUUAUGUCCAUUUUUUAAUAUAUAUGAGCUAUUACGCUUUCGGGGAAUUUUUGCUGAUUUUUCGUCCUUCUUAAAGGAAAUCAGUUAUUUUUUGGAAAUUUUUGAAGUGUUCAAAAAUGAGUUUAUGAAGGAACAAAAUAGUUUUAACGUUUCAAGCACAAAUAAGGCAGUAAAGAGCUAUAGUGAGAGGGAAGCGAAAGAGAAGAAGGAGGAAGAACAAGACGAAUUUAAUUUCUUCACAAACAUAUUUUUUGAAAUAUUAUAUAAGGAUUUUACAAAUCAUCUAAGAAAUGUUCAGAGCGAGAUAAUAAAUAAAAUAUUAUACUCCAACGAAUUUGAAAAGGAAUAUUUUUAUAACACUUUUUCUGUAUUUUUUCAUAAGUAUUAUAGCAUAAAAGAGAGCAUAGUUUAUUCCUUCUUCAUUUUUGAUGACUACCCGUUUAGUAAACCAUGUGUUAAUUUAGAUCAUUUACCCUUUUGUUUACUAAAAAAAAAAAGUCAAGAAAAAUUAACUGGUGAUAAAUAUAAUAAAAGAAAUAUUCUUAACCUUUUAUUGAGCGAGAAAAAGUGGGUCCCAAAAAUUACAAUAGAGAAUUUAUUUGAAGAAUCACAGAAAUUUGUUCAUACGCUUUUUUUUUAUUAUCAGUAUAAAAUAUACCUUUUGUAUUACUAUAUGAGUAAGCAUAACAUUUUUUUUCGUUUUUUUGAAAAUAAUUGUGAAAUUAAUUUUGAAACACAUUCAUUGGUGUACUCAUAUGUACAUAAUGUAGACCGACAGCUAGCUACACACAUACACAAAAAAAAAAAAAAAAAUUACUCAAAUCUGUUAUAUCGAAUUAAUAACUGCGAAUGUAUUAAUCAAGACUUUAUAUUGUAUAAAUUUUUUUAUACAUACAAAAAAUUAAAAAGUAAGAAUUACCAAGUGAAAGGUACUCCAUCCAGUUCCUUUACACGGGCUGAGAGGAAAAAAAGGUAUGAGUAUUAUAUAUAUUUUUUUUUUCUCAUAUUUGUUUUUUUACUGCCACAAUUAAUUAAAAGUUUAUAUAUAUAUCGCACAAGUGAAAUCAUCAACUAUUUGAAUCUUUCGAACAGUGCGUCUCUGACUUUUCAGGAAGACAAACAGAAUACCUCUGUUAAUAAUCACCCUUUGUUCUAUGCCUAUAUAAAGCUGCUGAAAAAGAUAACCAAUAAUGAAAAUACAAAAGGGGAAAAUACUCAUAACAGCUCUAGCCUAUCAAAUGGGGGUGAAAACGCAGAAGAAAACGAACAAAGGAAAGCUACGUUCAACCAUAGUAAUAAGAAGAAAAAAAAUGAAAAUGGGACAAUAAUUGAUGAAGAAAAAGGGACAAAUGAUCAGCAGGCAGUGAGGGGUGAAGAAAAAGGAAAAAGUGAACAGAAUCUAAUGAAUGGUGAAGAAAAAUUAAGGAACGAACAGAUUCAUUUGUCUAGUGUGGACAGGGGAAGCGCAAGGGUGAAUACUAGAUUGUCUGAUGGGGAAGGGGGCGCAAUAAAUUUACUACUUAUAAUAACCAUGUUAUCUGUUACUGAAUUUUUGUUUUUCUCAUUAGGAGUUAUAUACAACUUAAAAUUGUUAAGAAAAAAAUUUGAGCAUAAUAAUUUUGUUAUAAAUAUAUGUUCAUCUGUAUUAAUAUUAUAUAACCCUAUAUUAUUUUGUGGAAAUACAAAUUAUGUGGUGGUAUUAUCUAUUGGUCUAUUAUUUUGGAGUAUAAAUUUUAUCCUUCUAAAAAAGAUGUUUUUGUCUGUUAUUAUUUAUGUAGUAAGCAUAUAUAUGAACAUUGCAAAUAUUACUUACGUCUUCCCCUUUUUGUGUAUCUAUGUAUAUAUUAAAAGUAGAUGCAUAAUAAAAAGGGGAAGUCAAUUUAAAGGCAUAUUCAAAAAUAGGUUUGAGGCUUCGAAAUAUAUUUUUAUUUAUUUGUUAAUAUUUGUAAUGGAAAGUUAUUUUUUAAUGUACAUCCUUUGUGACGAGCAAUUUUAUUGGUACAGAAAUUUAAGAAACUGCUUCAACUUUUUUACUAGCCAUUUUGAUAGUACAGAAAAGGUGUUUAUGCAGUAUAGGCAAUCCAAAAAUUUAGUUCACACAGUAACUACUAUUUUUAGUAGUAGUAAUACUUUGAUAAACCACUACCGUGUUGUUACCUAUGCCCCGUUUAUUAUCACCAUAAUUUUUAAUUACUUCUUUGUUGUUAACACAGUAAAUAAACUUUAUAGUUCUUUUAUAGUUUCAUCCAUAGUAUUUCUCCUCACUUGGUGGACUCAUUUGAGUUGUACUUAUCUACUAACAUUUCUUUUGGUAUUGUUGCUACUAUUUAUCAAUAUACUUGGCAGUUCAAGUUUAUUCCUAAAUAUACUUUUUUCAUCCUAUAUAAUAAUAACGGAUGAAAAUUUCAAUUUUUAUAUAUUUGCAUUAACUAUAGUAUAUUUUCUUUUUCAUAUAUAUUUAAUGAGCCCAUCAAGUAAUUUUAUUCAAAAUAUUAAUUAUCAAGCAAAAAUAGGUGCACAUUUAAUUGCACACAUCUUUAACUACCUCUUAACUAAUAUUGUACACUUGUACGAAACAAGUAUAAAAAGUUUUGUAUCCUCAUUUGUGAUCAUGCUUUUUUCUUCAUCCUCUUCUUCUAUUAUUACAUUACCUAAUGAAAAGGAUAUUCAAGAGAUAGUUCAAAAAAAGGAAAUUCAAAAGAAGAUUAUUUUUUGUUUAUAUUCUCAUUUAUCUCAUGACUAUUUGAUUAUUCCGUUAUCUUAUUUUUCUGCCUUUCUUUUUUUAAUGCUCGGCUCGUUAAAGCUUUGUUUCCCCCGAGUGUCCAUAAAAUUUGCCGUAUUUAUUCUCAAGCUUUUCAUCCUUUUAAGUUUGCUCACAAUACUACUGAUAUUUUACACAAAACGAAAGAAAUUUAGGAAAUUUGAUUUUUUAAGUAUACCUCAUUCAGCUUACAAGACAACAUUUCCAUUACAAAGAUCAAAAAAAUUUUAA